ACGAAAAGAGAGAGAGCAAAAAAAGAGAUAAUAAUAAAAGAAUAAAUAUAAAAACACCUAACGAAAAAAAGGAGAGAGAGAAAACAAAAGAUCAUAAUAACAAGAAAAAAAAAAUAGUGCAAGAAAGCAGCCUCACUAUAAAUGCAAUUAAAACAAGGAAGUUGAAGUCGCUGCCACCACCAUGAAAGCGAAGCACUGGUGGCAGGCGGUGGUGGUGUUGGCAGCGUGGUGUUGUCCUGCGUGGUGUUUUGCCAACGAGGGUGACAUUCCCAGCGGUCUGGAAGAUAGCCCCUUGACCGAAAUCCGAGCUGUCGCCAAUGAGAGUGUUUUGCUUCCGUGCGACAUGGAGCCACCAGCGCCCAACGACACCACUCUGCUCGUCCUCUUCUACAGGGAUGGUGUGGGGACGCCGAUCUACAGCCUGGACUCCCGCAGCGUGGCCCUGGAGCGCGGGCGGCACUGGGCGGCCAACGACCUGGGCAUCAGAGCCUACAUGAUGGUGGGUCGGAAGAGGACGGGGCUGUUCCUCGAGACGGUUCACCUGGAGGACGAGGGCGAGUACCGGUGCAGGGUGGACUUCCUCGAGUCGCCGACCAGGAACUUGAGGAUCAAACUCGAUGUUGCAGUUCCUCCUCGUUCCAUGACCAUCACCAGCGACCUUGACCCCGGAAACGCGGUCACUAAGUUCGCGGGGCCUUACCCUGAAGGAGCUGAAGUGAGGCUCUCCUGUCAAGUCAUAGGAGGUAUCCCUCCGCCAACGCUGACCUGGUGGCAAAAGGGGUCACUCCUGGAUGACGUGAGCGAGGUCAACACCAGCAACGUAGCCCGGAACACCUUGACCUUGCCGCCCCUGACCCGCGCGGAUCUCCACAAGGUGUUGACUUGCCAGGCAUCCAAUUCUGACCUUUUGAUCCCUCUCUCCACUGCUGUGACGAUUGACAUGGAUUUUUCCCCGACGUCCGUGAGGCUUCUCGAGGGUUCCGGAGGCCAGGUCACCAUGUCCGAAGGGAGGUCACGACCCCUGGUGUGCGAGGCCAAGGGGUCACGCCCUCCAGCUCGCAUCACGUGGCUCAGAGACGGGGAAGUCCUAUCGCAGCAUCUGACGCGCCAGUUCCUUAUCUGUAUUGUAGGCAUGUUGCAGUCUAACGCAUGCGCUGUUUAUCAGUUAAGCGAAUCCGAUAACGAGAGGUUUUCCUACAACCGAUCGUCUAGACCUUCAAAACAGGGUAUUCUGGGCAAGGUCUAUAUAAACGGAUCCACGCUCACCUGUCGAGCCGCUAGCCCUCGCUUGCCCGACUCGCCGCUAGAGGACUCUGUCACACUCUCGGUGUUGUUACACAUGUCAGCUUGGUUCUGGUAUUUAAAGUCGUGUUUUACCCAGAUAUCGGCGUCCCCUCAAGAGCAACGCGUCCCUGGCAUCGACGUCAGCAGACUUCUCUCGUCCUCAGGAACAUCAGCAGGACGUCGUCAGAGUCUACACGUGCGCGGCGGCCAACACGGAGGGGCUAUGACGUCAUCGCCCCUGCAGCUGGGGUCAAGUCAUUGUAGGGUCAAAGUCGGGAUAGAAGGGAACUGGUCGCCCUUCCGUAUCCUUCAGCGAAUAGAAGGUUCAAAUAAGGAUCAGAUGUUCAAAUGUUCAAGUAGAAUUCAUGUUUAUGACAGUCCCCCCACGUGCGCCCAGGGUCAGCACGAGGUGUACGGCGCAGCGAGACACGAGGAGCUGCAGGUGCCGUGCCACGUUCACGCCCACCCCGCGCCCACGAUGUUCAGAUGGGCGGUGAACACCUCCACGGGGGUCGUCGACGUGGCCCUCAACCUCUCCAGCAGCAGCGGCAGGAGCAGCAUCGUCAGGUACACCCCGCAGACGCACCACGACUUCGGGGAACUCCUGUGCUGGGCGGUGAACGACGUCGGGAGGCAGAGGAAGCCGUGCGUGUUCAGCGUCGUGCCUGCGGCCAAGCCCGAAGCGGUAUCCUCCUGCGAGGCCGACAGGAACUCCUCGAUGCCUGCGACCUACGUGGUGCUCUCGUGCCUGCCGGGGUGGGACGGCGGCCUCGAGCAGACCUUCAACCUGGAGGUGCGGCAGGCGGCCAAGGAGGAGCUGCUGGAGGAGUUCAGUCACGCCCCCGAGCCCUUCUUCAUCAUCACGGGCCUGAAGGUCGACGUCCCGUACCUGAUGACGGUCACGGCCGCCAACAGCCGAGGAACCAGCCCACCGGUCACCAUCUCCUACACCGCCUCCUCUGCUUCCGCCCACAAGGUCGUCUCUUCCCACGCCCACAACACGCUCCUCUCCAUCACGCCCUUCGUGGUGCUCCUGAUGGGCGUGAUCGCGGCGGUGUCGACGUGCGUGGGCGUGGGCGUGAUGGUGGCGAAGAGGAACAGGCGGAGGAAGAGCGGCGCUGAGAUCCUGUACGCGGGCCCGCUCAAGGACGCUCACGACAGUCACGACGUGCACACCAUCGUCUGCGUCAACCAUGCUGACAGCGAGAAAGAGGAGCUGAUGCGAACCCUGGGUGGAUCAGGUUCACCCAGUUCCUUCUACGUGAACCCUGGGACUCUCCUAAACAACUACGGCCAGCGCGCCCCUCGAGACGGACGUCCUCCUGCGGGACAAACUGCCCCCAUGAGCGGCUGCCUGGCGCCCCUCGCCUCCACGGACUCCCUGGGCCAGUGCUCGACCCCCUCGUCCGUGUGCACCGCCUCCUCGAAGACCGCCUCCUCAAGGUCGUCCCGGACGUCCUCCUCGACGGUGGCGCUCAACCCCGACUACCUGACGAAGGAGGAGGCGAGAGAACCGCUCACUUCCCCGUCGGUGGCGCCGCCGAAGGAGAGCGCCGUCUAG